AUGUACUCCAGCACCCUCAGGCCCGACUGCGUGUCACCUGACCGGGCGCACGUGUCGACAAAAGCCGCGAGCGAGACGCGGUCGGGCUCUAUACCCCUGCGCGAGAUCUCGCGAAACAUCUUCCGGGCCUUGCCAAACAUCCUGCCGCUUGCGUAUCCCUUCAUCAUGAUGGUGAAAGAUACGAUGGUCGGCUUGCACCCCUGCGCCUCCAUCUGCCUCAAAAAAUACUCGGCCUUCGCGUACAUCGCGGCCUUCAUAAAGCCAUCCAAUAGGGCAUUGAACGUGUCCGUAUUCGGGGUGACGGCGCCCUUCCCCUUUCUGGUCCGCCGCAAAUCCUCGACGACCUUGCCCGCCAUCUCCAAGCACUGGUCCUUCCCAUCUGAGCACAAUCCCGUGACAAACGCGUUGACGACACCAACACUCCGCAGCUCCAGGGGGAUUCCGCGAUAA